AAUAAUUCGAAUCACGUGACAUUUCUCUUCAAGCCGCCGUCUACAACAGGAAGAAGAAAGGAUUUCAUAUUGUAAGAAGAAAAUAAAACAGAAACAAAAUGUACCAAAACCACAGCAGAGGAGGACAACGACGUCAGUAUCCACGUGCAGAACAGGACCCAGAAGCUGAACAGUUCAGAAAAAUCUUCAUUGGAGGUUUAAGUUAUGAGACAACAGAAGAAGGCUUGAAAGAGCAUUUUGGGAAAUGGGGCGAGAUCACUGACUGUGUUGUAAUGAAAGAUCCUAACACUAAAAGGUCAAGAGGCUUCGGGUUCAUCACUUACAAGUACGCAUCGGAAGUGGAUUUGUCCCAAGAAAACCGACCUCACAAGAUUAACACCAGAGAUGUAGAGACAAAAAGGGCAAUGCCAAGGGAGUUUAACGAACCACAGGAGUCGACAAAGAAGAUGUUCAUUGGUGGUCUGAAGGAUGACACUUCGGAAGACCAAGUGAAGGAAGCCUUCUGUACUUAUGGAGAUAUUGAACGAGUUGAUCUCAUUCGGGAUAAGGAAAGUAACAAAGUCAAAGGAUUCGGCUUCGUAGAAUUCCAGGAUACUGACUCAGUUGACAAAUGUGUUCUAAAGAAAUUCUUCACACUGAAUGGAAAAGAAGUGGAGGUAAAAAAAGCUGUUGCUAAGGAAAAUCAACGGGGUGGAGACUCUGGCCGCGGGGGACGUGGUGGGGGACGAGGAGGUAGAGGUGGUGGAGGUCGUGGAUUCAAUGACUGGAACCAAGGUGGCUACAACCAGGGUGGUUACAAUCAGGGUGGUUACAAUCAGGGAAAUUACGGAAACAGUUAUGGAAACCAAGGAGGUGGUGGUGGUGGAUAUGGAAACGGGUACGGUAACCAAGGCGGAGGAGGAGGAGGAUGGAACCAGAACAGUGGUGCUGGCGGUGGAGGUUACGACAACUACAGUGGGGGAUAUGGUAACCAAGGCGGAAACAACUAUGGUGGUAAUUUUGGCCAGAAUUAUGGAGAUAAUUAUGGAGGUGGCGCCAUGAAGAACAGUUACUCGAACCGUGGACAGGGACCCUAUGGAUCUGGUGGAUACAACAACAGUGGUGGAUACAACAGACGAUGAAGUCAUCCAAGAUCAUCAAUAGGUGUACUUCUCAGGCAGGUAUAGAGAAAGCAAUAGUACCAGCAGAAGUUAUACAGGCAGGCAGAUUCUCAGGAAAUCAUACAUAGCUUGGUAGCUAGCCUAAAGUAGUAGGUUAUGGUCGGCUCACUACAGCAUUGUGACAACUACUGGAUGUACAUAAGUUACCAGCUCCUUCGGGUCUUAACACAUAGUGGACUAGUUUACACAUUAUUGCCCUUCGUUAUUAUCCGUGAGGCAUAGACUUAUAAAGGAUUUGUAUGGCCCAGUGUGCAGCAUCCCUUAGCGUAGGACCAUGUCUGCCAUACAGUCCUAUGAUGUGUAUAAAACGUAAUGUAACAAACCCUGAACAGCACUGUGCUGUAGUGACCUAUUCAAAUUGCUAUGAAGCUAUGAACAGCAGUGUCCCAUGAUUGUAGAGUUACCUUAAGUUAAGGUAGAGCUCCAUAUCACACUGAGACUACUUAUGGAUUGAAUCGAGGAUUACUUGCGUUUCUACUCUGGAGAUCUUGCUGUAAGCUGAAUAAUUGUGUUAUCCAGCAGAAAUUGAAAUUGCUUUUAAAUAGACCAGGCUGAGGAUUACACCUACUCUUCAUUCAAUCAUUUCUUCGUCAGUGCAUUUCAUUCACGUAGAGGAACGAAAUCUCUACUUUAUAUUUUUUCCCAUUGUCUGUUGUACCAUUAUUUUAUCAUGCGUGUUGUCGUUUUAAUGUAUUAGCUCCUCUAGCAGGAAAGAUCGAGGAAUAAAAUAUAUAGGAUAUUC